AUGAGUAUACCCGUGGCAAUUGGGUCUACGUUUUUUGGAUGUAUGAGCAAUGUUGUUUUUUUGGAACUUUUAGUUAAAGAAGAUCCUGGCAUAGGAAAUUUGAUUACGUUUUCCCAAUUUUUUCUAAUAGCGUUACAUGGAUUUAUAUUCACUGCAAAAUGUGGUACCAAAAAACCAAGCAUCAGUGUCAAAGGGUACAUGAUCUUAGUGGCGAUGUUCUUUGUAACUAAUGUUUUAAACAAUUAUGCUUUUGAUUUGAAUAUUGCUAUGCCACUACAUAUGAUCUUCAGAGCGGGCUCAUUAAUAGCAAAUAUGGUUAUGGGAGUGAUUAUAUUAAAGAAAAAGUAUACACUUGACAAGUUUAUUUCUGUGGGCAUGAUCUCAGCUGGUAUUACAAUAUGUACAAUCGUAUCAAGUCAAGAUGUUAAAAAAACUGUUGUACACGGUGUUGUGCAAAACACAUCAGAGUUGGAAGACUUCUUUUGGUGGUGCUUAGGAAUUGCAUGUUUGACUAUUGCGUUGUUCAUUUCUGCUCGCAUGGGUAUAUACCAAGAAACAUUAUAUAAAAAGCAUGGUAAACAUCCACAAGAAGCUUUAUUUUAUACUCAUUUGAUACCACUUCCAUGGUUCCUGUUUUUAUACUCCAAUCUUAAGGAACAUGCAUUAAUGGCUUUUGAAAGUGAACCAUUGCCAUUCAUAGGAUUUGGUAUACCGAGUACCCUUAUUUAUCUUACUGGUAAUGUUUUCACACAAUAUGUUUGCAUCAGUUCAGUUUACUUUUUAACAACUGAAUGUUCGUCGUUGACAGUAACAUUGGUUAUAACAUUGCGAAAGUUUGCCAGUUUAUUGUUUAGUAUAUUGUACUUCAGCAAUCCAUUCACUUUGUACCACUGGAUUGGAACUCUUUUGGUAUUUAUUGGUACAAUCAUAUUCACCGAGAUACCUCAGAAAGUACAACAAAUGACGGCGCCAAAAAAGGCAACGAAAAAGUCAAAGAAAACGAAUUAA